CCCUUAGUCUGGAAAUUAAUGGCGUGCCUGUGAGUAAAGUGGUUUUUUUUUAUCAUGACUGGUGCAGGGUUUCUCACUGAAAUUGGAAGUGUGAGUACUUAUGAUCUGAAUCCCAGUCGUCUUACAUUGAUUGUCCUGGGGAGUAGUGAAACUGUGCUGGUACUGUGGCUGCUCCAGCAUAAGAGCAGUAGUGAAUCAUCUAUUACUUUACUGAAUUCUUAUUCAAGAUAUUGUUCCAAGAUGAAUGAGAACAGCCAAACCGAGCUGCAUUACACCAAUACAGGGUUUCCUUACGCCGCCACAGAAAGCUUUAUGGGUUUCUUCCAAGUGCCAGUCAAUUACACUCAUACCGGACCACUUCAUGAUCAUGACAAUUCAUAUUGGUCGUUGAAUAUGAAUGCGUAUAAAUAUGGAUUUUCUUCUGGUCCAGAGAGCACUUCUUAUUACGACCAUUAUGAGGUGAAUGCGAAUUCACCAACAAUGGAUGUUACCAGGAGAGCUUGGGAGUACCCUUCUGUGGCAAAUGCCCAAGAGCCCACAACACAAGUGCAUUCCGAAGAAGAAACAACGGUCACAGAUGUGAACACUAUACCUGAAGACUGCAUAUCAGAUAAUCCAGGAAGUACUAGUCCCCAGGGCCUCUGGCAGGAUGAUAUUGAUCCGGAUAACAUGACCUACGAGGAACUACUUGACCUAGGUGAGGCAGUAGGAACUGAAAGUAGAGGUCUUUCCCAGGAACUCAUCAGCAUGUUGCCAACAUCAAAAUGCAAGUUUGGGAGUUUCUUCUCGAGGAAAAAGUCCGGAGAGAGAUGCGUGAUAUGCCAGAUGAGAUACAAACGAGGGGAGAAGCAGAUAAAACUGCCUUGCAAACACAUUUACCAUUCUGAAUGCAUCCGCAAAUGGCUUGGGAUCAGCAAGGUCUGUCCCGUAUGCAACAAUGAAGUCUUCGGCGAAGAACCGAGUUAGUAGAACAUCACAUCAUUCAAAACCAAACCCCUGUGGAACUCAGGCUGCCUUGGUCUUUCAUCAAUCCUCUUUUUGUUAGGUUCUCUCCUUUUUUUGGAUGUCUUGGUUUUGUUUUUCCACACGUAGGGUUGUUUAGUGAAGAGGGUUUAGUAAAGGGCGAUGUUCUCUUUCUUUCCCCUAUAUAGGAAGUCCUUUUUGGGCAAAGGCAGUAGGCUCCCUUGUUAAUGUGAGGUAGAGGACUGGAGGAGUUAUUAAGCCAGGUACGGAAGAGGCAGCAAAAAGCCAAAACGAGAAGAAAUGUGGAGAAUCAGAAAGAGCGGUCAUUUGUGUACUUAACCCUGAUCAAGUACGAAUUUUUGCAGAAGUAUAAUAUAUUUAAUUAAAGCUUGUCAGUCACUCUGUUAUGUUGCUGCUGCUGGAGCUGGUUGGUACUUCUCUCUUGUAAAUGGAAUAUGUAGGGAGUUUAUUUUUUUCUUUCU